AUGAAGUUACAGGGGUCCCUGGCCUGCCUCCUGCUGGCCCUGUAUCUGGGCAGUGGGGAGGCUGGCCCAUUGCUAAGUGGAGGGGCAAGUGCCGAAACAGGUAUUGGGGAGGCCAUUGGACACGGGGUGGGAGAUGCCAUUGGCCGUAGAAUCGGGGAGGCCAUUGGGCAAGGGGUUGGAGAGGUAGCCAGCUCUGGACUUAGGGAGGCCAUGGGCCCAGGGAUGGGUGAUGCCUUUGGCCAUAGGGUCGGGGAGGCCAUCCGCCAGGGUGUUGAGGCAGCAGCCCAUGCUCUUGGAGACACUGGGAGUGAGGCUGGCAGACAGGCUGAGAAUAUUAUUCGGCAUGGAAUAGAUGCUGCCCACAGCUCCUGGCAGGGGAUGCCCAGCAACAACGGUGCUUGGCCUCCAUCCAGAGGCCAUGGCAUCUUUGGUUCUCAGGGUGGCCUCGGAUCCCACAGUCAGGGCAAUCCUGAAGGUCCAGGGACUCCCUGGGGCCAUGGACACUCUGCAGGCUCAGAGGGCAGCUUUGGAACCAACUCUCAGGGAAGCUCCUGGGGCCAGGGAGGCAAUGGAGGACCAUAUGACUUGGGGACCAAUGCUCAGGGAGCUGUAGCUCAACCUGGUUAUGGCUCAAUGAGGGGCAACAACAACCCAAAUAUAGAGUGCACCAACGCCCCACCCUCUGGUUCAGGUGGAAGCUCUAGCAACUCCAACGGCGGCGGCGGCAGCGGCAGCGGCAACAACGGCGGCGGCGGCAGCGGCUACGGCAACAACGGCGGCGGCGGCAGCGGCGGCGGCAACAACGGCGGCGGCGGCAGCGGCUACGGCAACAACGGCGGCGGCGGCAGCGGCAGCGGCAGCGGCAACAACGGCGGCGGCGGCAGGGGCAGCGGCAGCGGCAACAACGGCGGCAGCGGCAGCGGCAACAACGGCGGCAGCGGCGGCGGAAGUGGAAAUAAACCCGGCUGUGACAACCCAGGGAACGAAGUCCGAGUGUCUGGGGGAUCUGGGGGUCAGGGCUUCAGAGGACAGGGAGGCCCCAGAGGAUCUGGUGACAUCAGGAACUCUCAGACAUCUCCUGGGCUCUUUGACUUCGACACUUUCUGGAAGAACUUUAAAUCCAAGCUGGGUUUCAUUAACUGGGACGCAAUAAACCAGGGCCAAGUCCCAUCUCCCAGCACUCGAGCCCUCCUUUACUUCAGCCGACUUUGGGAGGAUUUCAAACACAAAACUCCUUUCUUGAACUGGAAAGCAAUUAUUGAGGGUGCCAGUCCAUCAUCACCACUGCAGAGGAGGGCAGGCAGUGCUGGCGAGCCUGGUGCAGGAUGGCCAGAGGUACCACCUGUAACUUCCAAGAACUACAACUAUAACCAGCAGGCAUAUCCUACCCCUUCUAGUGGGCAGUACUCAGCCAAGACCCCCGCUAAGGGGGGAGUCACGCUUUCUUCCUCGGCUUCCCGGGCGCAACCUGGCCUGCUGCAGUGGGUGAAGUUUUGGUAG